UCAAAGUUUGAACGUGUCUACUGAAUGUGUAAUCUCAAAAAUUUUGUGUUAUCUUAAAGUUUUAAAAUCUGAAAAUGUGGAUUUUUCUGUGUUUACUCACUCUACUUUCUCUUCUUUACUACAGAUUGUCCCGGAAAGAACGGGUUGAUCUGCCGGGUCCAGGUUUAUGCAUCCCACUACUGGGACACUACAAACUGUUUCUGCAGGGUUCAGACAAUAUCAAGGGAAUAUGGAACCUUUACAAGCAGUAUUCAAAGCAAGGUGUCAUGCUUCUCAAUGUGUUCAGUAUGAACAAUGUUAUAGUUGGUGAUUUUAACGUGCUCAAGGAGCUCUUCAACAACCCAGACGUGGCAAAUCGAGGUCAUGUUGAUUUUAGAAAAUGUAACUUUAUUCAAAAGUUUAAUGAAGACCGUGGAGACCCUCCGGGUCCCCUUACUGGAGUUAUUUUUAGCCAAGGAAGGACCUGGGUAGAACAGAGAAGAUUUACCCUCAAGACACUUCGAGAUUUUGGAUUUGGAAAAUCCAGCAUGGAGGAAACAAUACAUGAUGAGAUCCGGCAUUUUAUCUUCUACCUCAAGAACUAUACCAACACACCUGUUGAUAUUGCAAGAAAAUUUAACUUGCCAAUUUUAAAUGCUCUUUGGAAGAUAAUGGUGGGAGAGAGUUUUGAGUACACUGAUCCUAAACUUGAAAAGCUCUUGAAUGAUCUUGGAGAAUUUGCCAGAAGAUUUGGAAGUCCAUCCACCGUUUUGGUUCUAAACUAUCCCUGGCUUUUUAAAAUAUUUCCAACGUUGCUGAAUCGUAACAAAGAUAUAGAAUUUAUGAGGGAAAUUAUGCUCAUGAUGAAUAAUUGCAUAGAACAGCAUAAGUUAACUCUAGAUGUUAACUCACCUAAAGAUGUGAUUGAUACAAUGCUGAUUGAAAUUCAGAACACCAAAGAUGAAACAUCAAGCUUCUAUCAGAAUAAGGGAUAUAAUAACCUUGUAAACACAAUGCUUGAACUAUUUGUUGCAGGAUCAGAGACAACAUCGACGACGUUGACUUGGGCAGUGCUGUAUAUGAUCAGAGAACCGGAAAUUCAGAGUAGGGUUCAAGCAGAGCUAGAUAAGGUGGUAGGUACCUCCAGACUUCCAAGUCUAUCAGAUCGAUCACAGCUUCCUUAUACGGAAGCAGUUCUAAUGGAAAUUCAACGAUGUGGCAAUAUUGUACCCAUGGGUGUACAGCACAUGGCAAGCAGAUCUAUCCAGAUAAAUGGAGUAACUAUACCUGCUAAUACUAUGAUCUCUCCUUGCAUGAGUGAAAUAAUGAAAGGUGAUUAUUGGGGUGAUGGUCUCGUAUUUCGUCCUGAAAGAUUUCUCGAUGAAUCUGGAAAACUGAAAUCAGAGGAACGUCUCAUUCCCUUCUCAAUAGGUAAACGCAGAUGCCUUGGGGAAACUUUAGCCAAGACUGAAUACUUUCUUUUCUUCACUGCUCUUCUCCAGCAGUUUAGUUUUAUGCCUGAGAUAAGUGGAACAGUUCCUCCUGAAACAUACGUACCUGGUGCAUCCAUUCUUCCAAUUCCGUUCAAAACUAUUGUAAAGCCCAGAUAUUAAGUUUCUGAGAACAAGACUGUGCAAAUCUGAUAAUUUUUUUAACAAUUUAAAACCUCAAGGACCAACAUGUUUAAGUUUUUAAAGUGAAAAAAAACACUAA